UUUGUAAUGAUACUAUUGGGCUCUUGUUUUUGAGGCCACUGUUCUUGCUUCUGCUGCAUUAGCAAUUUGGGACCAUUUUGUUUUUCUGUACCUUCCCCAACAAAAGUUCAAAAACCUUUUUUUUUUCUCUUUCUAGGAAGCCAUUGUUAUUUUAUAGUCUUGCUUGUGCUAGAUCUGAAGCUGUACCAUGCUGUUGUUCCCAAUAGGGAAAGAUGAAAUUGAAGUCUAAGAAAGGAUGGAAGUCCGUUGUGCCGCUUCAUUUGAAAGGAAAAUCAUCAACCCGUUUUUCUUUAUUUCGCAAAGUGAAUUCAGGUGGCUAUGGACCAGGCAAAACACCAGUUUAUCUCAAUGUCUAUGACUUGACUCCCAUGAAUGGUUAUGUGUAUUGGGCUGGUCUUGGUAUCUAUCACUCUGGUGUAGAAGUUCACGGUGUAGAAUAUGCAUUUGGAGCUCAUGACUAUCCAACAAGUGGUGUUUUUGAGGUUGAACCUCGACAAUGCCCUGGCUUCAAAUUCAGGAAGUCAAUACUGAUAGGAACCACAGCUUUGGAUUGUACUCAGGUGAGGGAGUUCAUGGAACGCCAGUCAGCAAACUACAAUGGCGACACAUAUCACUUAAUUGUUAAGAACUGCAACCACUUCUGCAAAGACAUCUGUUACAAGCUGACGGGGAAAUCCAUUCCAACAUGGGUAAAUCGAUUGGCCAGGCUAGGUUCAAUUUGCAAUUGCAUACUUCCUGAAGCACUGAGGAUUUCUGGUGUGGGGCAUGAUCCUAAUUAUGAGGCUGAAGACAGUGAAAAGAGAAGGCUUCGAAGUGCCUUCAACUGCUUGUCCUCGAUCUCCAUGCGUCAGAAGCACCUCUCCACUUCUUCACUGUUUCUACAGUCACCAUUAAGAGGCUGCUUGUCAUCGUCAUGGCCAUCGUGGGAAUUGAGAAAAUCCAUUAACCGUUCCUUGAAAGAACGAUAACUCAAACCUUGAGAAACUAGGAAAUCAAUGAUUGUACCAAUCUUGUUUAUGCUAGUCUUCUGUAAGUAGUAUCUCUGUUUCGUCACUUAUAACUUCAUUUUCUUUUCUUGUCUUUUCCCAUAAACCUCUCCUGUUUUUUAUUAAUUCUGGUGCUACAUCUGCCAUUCAUAUAUAUGUUCAUUCCCUUUUCAACAUGCCGCGGAAACUUAUAAUUUUAUUUAUUUAUUUAUUUAUGACUGCUGUAAGUGAACGAAUUGACUAAAGAUAAGGUGUCCGUGAUUUAAUUAUAGUAAAAAA